CGGAGCCCCGAGCGCGGAGCUCUGCCUGCGCCUGGUCCCGGCCCCCGCGGCGCCGCGUCCCCGGCCCAGUCAUGGCGUCCUCCGCGGCCGGCUGCGUGGUGAUCGUCGGCAGUGGACUCAUUGGGCGAAGCUGGGCCAUGCUGUUUGCCAGUGGAGGCUUCGAAGUGAAACUCUGUGACAUCGAGCAACAGCAGAUAAGGAACGCCCUGGAAAACAUCAGGAAGGAGAUGGAGUCGCUGGAGCAGGCGGGCUCUCUGAAAGGCCCCCUGAGUGCGGAAGAGCAGCUGUCACUCAUCAGUGGCUGUCCCAGUAUCCAAGAAGCAGCAGAGGGCGCCGUGCACAUCCAGGAAUGUGUUCCAGAAGACCUAGAACUGAAGAAGAAGAUUUUUGCUCAGUUAGAUUCCAUCGUUGAUGAUCGAGUGACCUUAAGCAGUUCCACCUCUUGUCUCAUGCCUUCCAAGUUGUUUGCUGGCUUGGCUCACGUGAAGCAGUGCAUCGUGGCUCAUCCUGUGAAUCCACCGUACUAUGUCCCGCUGGUUGAGCUGGUCCCCCACCCGGAGACGGCCCCUACGACAGUGGACAGAACCUACGCCCUGAUGAAGAAGAUUGGACAGUGCCCUGUGCGAGUCCAGAAGGAGGUGGACGGCUUUGUUCUCAACCGCCUGCAGUACGCGAUCAUCAGUGAGGCCUGGAGGAUGGUGGAGGAAGGAAUCGUGUCUCCUAGCGACCUGGACCUCGUCAUGUCAGAAGGGCUGGGCAUGCGGUACGCGUUCAUUGGACCCCUGGAAACCAUGCAUCUCAACGCGGAAGGUAUGUUAAGCUACUGCGACAGAUACAGUGAGGGCAUGAAACGCGUCCUAAAGACGUUUGGACCCAUUCCAGAGUUUUCCAGGGCCACGGCUGAGAAGGUUAACCAGGGAAUGUGCUUGAAGGUCCCUGACGACCCAGAGCACUUAGCUGCCAGGAGGCAGUGGAGGGACGGCUGCCUCAUGAGACUCGCCAAGUUGAAGAGUCAGGUGCAGCCCCAGUGAAUUUCUUGUCAUGCAGCUGCCACUGCUGUCAUUGGAGGCCCUAUUUGGGGACACUGGAAGCUCUUAGUCAGCCCACGGUGACACAGGGAGCAGCCCACGGGGAUUCUGAGCUGGCUCUCUUGCAUGCAGCCGGGUGUGGUGGUCCAGGCCAGUAGUCUGCCUGUCACUUUGGAUCAUAGCCCUGGGCCUGGGGCACAGUAGCACUUGGGUUCUCGGGCUGUGGAUUUCCCGCCACCUGGGCAGAUAACUUGGAGAUUUUCACCUUUCCUUUUCAGUGUGAUUACAUAUGACUAUAUUUUACCACCAGUGAUUAGAGUUUCAUGUUAAUACUGGACAAAAUAUUUUUGUAAUUAUUUUCUAAUGACUACUCUGUGGCCCUGCAUUUAUGAGGCGCCUGCUUUCAUUUUGCUAAUGCCCAUUCUGAAUAAAAGUUUUUGAUGCCUUAA